GUGCUACGUUCACCUCAUCCACCUCAGUCAUGGACCAAACAUCUUUCCGCAAGCUCCUCCAAACUCCUAACGCUUCCUCGUCCUCUGCUGGGGCAUCCUCGGCGCAUGUACGCGGCUCACUGCUCGUCGCCGCCACAGCAGGCAAGAGCAAGAAGGCGAAGACGAUCGACGCGUCGCAGCCUGCGUUUAAGCCGCGGCAGCUGAAGAAAGGCACAAAGGGCGAGACGUACAGGAAUCGCGCAGAGGAGCGGCGCAUAGGCGCACCCAACGACUAUGCGCAGGUAGAAGCGCUUGCGGACGAGUUUGAGAAGCGCAACGCGGACAACGAGGAUCGCGACGCGGUCGAAGAGCAGCGCAAAUACCUAGGCGGCGACAGCGAGCACACCGUCCUCGUCAAAGGUCUCGACUUCGCGCUCCUCGAGCAGGCGCGCGCACGCGUUGCCGCGGAGUCUGCCGCGACCGACGACGUCUCGCUCGAGCAGGCCUUCCUCGAGUCCGCCGCACAGCCCAAGAAGCGCACGCGCGCGGAGAUCCUCAGCGAGCUCAAGAGCAAGCGCGGCUCUGGCACGGCGGCGGCGGCGGACGUGCCUAUACCGAGCGUAGUAGACCCCGCUCUUGAGGCGGCGAAGAAGGCGGGCAAGUUCAAGCCUAUUGGGUUUAAGCCUGUUGGAGGAGCAGCGGAGAAGGUGAAGCGGAAGAAGAAGGUGAAGGCGGGCGAGCCGGAGGAGAAUGCGGAGCGCAAAAAGAAGCGCAAGGUCGUGCCUGCUUCCACCACCACAAAGGCUGUGGAGGAGCACCUCGAACAGCAUACGUCCAACGCUGCAGCCUCCCCGGAACGCGAAACAGUGAAGCAGUCCGAGGCCGGUCCGUCAUCCCCGGUGACAAAGCCGCCACCAGAACCGGAGCCGGUCGACGAGAACUUUGACAUAUUCGCCGACGCGGGGGAGUACACCGGCGUAGACCUCGGCGACUCAGACGAAGAAGACAAGCCAGGCACGUCGGCCCCGGUGCGGGACGCAGACGAAGAGGGCGAGGUGCAGGACGGCGGCGCGCCCCGUCCCCGCAAAUGGCUCGCGACCUCGGACGACGAACGUGAAGAGGGCCGAGCGGCCUCUCACCCGCCAGAACGCGCACGCUCGAACGAGUCCCGGUCGCGUUCUGGGUCGCCCCAGCGGCGGCCCGAGGAAGACGGGGAACUACAGGACGAGGAGGAGGAAGAGGAGAGGCCGAUGCGUCUGCAGCCGCUCGCGUCGUCGGUGAUGCCGUCCAUCAAGGACUUGCUGGCGAUGAACGAAGAGGCAGAGAAGGCUGAUAAACGGAGAGCAAGGAAGGAGAAGAAGAAGGGUGGAGGCGGCGGCGGCGGCGCAGGAGAAGGUGCUACGGGUGGUAGUGCCGGCGGUAGGAGCGAGAAGGAGACGAAGGCAAAAGUGGAUCGGGACUAUCAGAAAUUGAAGGCCUACACGGACAAGAAGGCGAAGUCAUGAACUCCCGAUGCUGCUGCUCGCGUAUAGUGUACAUUAUGCCUCAUCAAAAC